UUUUUUCCUCUCUUUUCCCCGACAGGUUCCAGCGAUUCGAUUUUUAGAUCAUGGGCAAAGGCAGAGAUAAAAAGUCGUCAAAGGGACGUUUGGACAAGUACUAUCACUUGGCCAAGGAGCAGGGUUAUCGUGCCCGUUCCGCUUUCAAGUUGAUCCAACUGAACAAAAAGUACAAUUUCCUCGAGAAAUCUCGAGUACUUAUCGAUCUUUGUGCUGCCCCCGGUGGUUGGUUACAAGUCGCUACAAAAUAUAUGCCGCAAUCCAGCUUGGUCAUUGGUGUCGAUCUUGCUGCCAUCAAACCUAUUCCCAAUGUCAUUACAUUCCAAGAUGAUAUUACCACCGAUCGUUGUCGACAGAACUUGCGUCAAGAAAUGAAAACUUGGAAAGCCGAUGUUGUGCUUCACGAUGGUGCUCCCAAUGUUGGUACAGCAUGGGCUCAGGAUGCUUACUCUCAGUCCGAACUUGUAUUGGUAUCGUUGAAGCUUGCCACCGAAUUCUUGCAAAAAGGCGGUACCUUUGUUACCAAGGUCUUUAGAUCCAAGGAUUACAACAAAUUGCUGUGGGUAUUCCAGCAGCUUUUCCGCAAAGUCGAAGCCACCAAACCUCCUUCCUCGCGUAACGUGUCUGCCGAAAUUUUCGUUGUGUGUCGCGAUUUCAUUGCUCCCAAAAAGAUCGAUCCUCGAUUAUUGGAUGCGAAAACCGUAUUUUCGGAAGUCGAUGCAGAUGCCUCGGCCAAAUUGUUGGAUAUCUUCAAACCCGAAAAGAAGAAGCGUCAGAGAGAAGGUUACGAAGAUGGCAAUUAUACCUUGCACAAAAAGAACGAUGUUAUGGAAUUCAUCAAAGCCCAAGAUCCCAUUGCCUUGCUUGGAUCCUACAAUCAACUCGUCUUUGAUUCUGAUGAAGCAAAAGAGUUAUUACGAAAGGACUACACCAACGAAGAUAUCAAAGUCAAUUGCGAGGAUUUGAAGGUGCUGGGCAAGAGCGAUUUCAAAGCCUUGCUGAAAUGGCGAACUCGGGUCCGCGAAGAGUACAAAAUGGACAAAGAGGAAAAGAAGGAGACAGUGGUGGUGGAGGAAGAACCGCUGGACGAAGAUGAAAAAUUACAGGCGGAAUUGGAGAAUUUGACAAAAGAAGAAGCCGCCAAGCGAAAGCGUGAGAAGCGCAAAGCGAACGAGAAGAAGAUGAAACUGAUUCAACGCAUGCAAUUGAACAUGACCGUUCCCAGUGACAUUGGUCUCGAUCAAGCCGGCGCCGACGGCGAGGCUUUGUUCAAUAUCAAAAAGAUUAACCAAGACGCGUCCCUGAAAGCAUUGCAAGAGGGUGACAUGUCCAUGGCCGAUGAACUGGCUGAUGAGGAACAUGAUGAUGAUAUCCAUGUCUCAAAGAAUUUGAUGAAAGGCCGCAUUGCUGAGAUGGAUGCCGAAUUGCACGAAGGCAUGGACCAAGACAGUGAUUAUGACCAAGAAUUGGAAGAUCAGUUGGAUGCGGAUUACGACCGUUAUGUAGCGAGAAAGGCUGAAAAGAAUGCCAAGUUCCGAGCCAAGCAAGCGCGUGAUGAAGAAGAUGAAUGGAGUGGAUUCGAUGACAAAAAGAGCAAGAAAAUGGAUGGUGAAAGUGACUCUGACAGCGAUUCGGACAGCGAUUCGGAUGAAGCUUCGGAGGAUGAAGAUAUGGAAGAAGACUCUGAUAUUUCCGAUGAUGACGAGAUGCCUGUGCGCUCCAUUCUGGGUUCCAAGAAGAAAUCGGGCAACUCUUUACUGACGGAUCUUGGUCGCAAAGCCGAGUUAUCGCAACGCACCAGCUCCGGUCUUACCAAAGCAGCUUCGAUGUUCUUUGAUCAGGAUGUGUUCAAGGGAAUUGACCUCGAAGAGGACGAAGAGGAAGACGAAGAGGAAGAAGAAGAAGCAUCAGAAGACGAGGACGUGAAGACUGAUUCUCGCAAGCGUAAGGCUGAAGAUGAUUUGGAAGAAGAAGAAGAAGAAGAUAGCGACUUUGAAAUUAUACCUUCGGAAGAUGUGAUUCCUUCGGAUGAUGAAAUGUGGGAAGGCGAUGAAGACGAGAACUCAAAGGCGAUGAAGAAGGCUCAGGAAACGGGUCUUAUCACGCCCGAGAUGGUGACGCUUGCACGACAGUUGGUGAACAAGGAAAAGACCAAGACGGAUUUGAUUGAUGAAGGUUUCACGCGCGAAGCGUUCCGAGAUAAGGACGGCUUGCCUGUAUGGUUCCUUGAUGACGAAAAGAAACACAACAAACCGAAUCUUCCGGUGACCAAGGAAGCGGUUCAGGCGUUGAGAGAGAAAUUAAAGGCAUUGGAUGCACGACCUAUCAAGAAGAUCGCGGAAGCCAAAGCAAGAAAGAAGUACAAGGCUAUGAAACGUAUGCAGAAGGCGCAGAAGAAAGCCACUGAUAUUGCCGAUAACCCGGAUAUGUCCGAAAAGGAAAAAGUCAAUUCCAUUAAUAAGCUGCUGGCGAGAUCCGCCAAGGCGAAACCCAAGAAGGAAGUUCAACUGGUGGUGGCCAAGGGCGCUAAUCGUGGUGUCAAGGGCCGACCCAGCGGUGUCAAGGGUCGUUAUAAGAUGGUCGAUCCUAGAAUGAAGAAAGAAAUGCGUGCCAUGAAACGAAAAGCACAAAAGAAGAAAGGUCGCAAGUAAAAAAAGAAAUCACUAAAAGAAACUCACUACCCCAUCAUUUAGCAUUUUUCAUUUCUGUACAUGUUAUUUUAGAGAAGAAAAAAAGAGAAACCCAACAAUGAAAAUUUUUUUAUCAUCGUCUAUCCUAGAAGUUAAAUCUACUAUAAUUUCUUUAUCGCAAAGUAGAUCAACUUUUAGUCAUUUCCAGAACAAGCAAAACGGUAUCCGUUUUUUAUCGUUGCAACACAAACGUCCAAGAUGAAUAAUUAAAAUGCAACUUGAGUUUUUUUUUUUUUUUCCAUGUGCGUUACUUGUUUGUGGGGGUGGCACUGACAGAUAGAUGCAUGGAGAUAGAACCAUGUU